AUGUUUAGUAGAUUUUUAAAAUGGCUUGAAACACCUGCUGAACCACAACAACCACCUCCACAGCAACAACAACAAAAACAGCAACAGAACGACGAUGAUUUGGAAACUAGUAAUGAACCUAUUCACUAUACAAAUGUACCGAGCAAUCGUAAUGUAUUUGGAAAUGUAGUUGUUAAGCCAGACGAAGUCUCUGUCAUCGAGGAGAAGGAACUCUCUGACAAAUCACUCACUGACAAACCUAGCAAAAACAAAAGCAACAACAACAAUGAUAGUAAUCCUCUAGCAGAUUCACAAUCUUCACCAGUCGAGCGAUCUCCAAUACUCAUUCACCAACCGACAGACUCUGAGUUGUUGUCAUGGGAAGUCGAUUCUAGCGGUAGCAACCAUGAAGAUUUCGAAACGUUUGUCAAACAAUUCAACUCCAACAAACCAAUCGACCACAGAAAACAAACUGAAAUUCAAUAUAAUACAUAUGCUGAGAUUGAACAAUCAAAGAAACCAAAGCAAAUUCUUGACUUUGAGGCACCUGUAGAUUUGGCCACCGGUGAAGAAUCGUCGUUUAUGGAUUUGGAAACUGGUAAGCCAGUACCCAAAGAACCGUUGGCAGGCGCCACAACAGUUACAACCGCAAAGAUGGGUCAACAUAAACUGCCAGCAAAGCUAACCAAGGAGAAAUCAUCGAUUUUCGGUUUGGAUAACGAUGAUCUCUUCUCAACAACCAGCAGCAGCGCCAGUGGUUCAUCUCUAUUGGCAUCGGAUUCCACAUCCAACAAUGCUAGCUUGAUUGAGAAACUCGGUAUUACCACCGGACUUGAAUCAGGUCUAUCAUUGUUAAAGACCGAUUUUACAUUCCCAAAGGUUAAUCCUGCUUCAUCCAAACCAACUAUAUUGAAACAAUCAGCAGCAGCAGCAGCAGCAACAACAGCAGCUACAAAUGUAACAGUACCAAAGACAGCAGCUACAACAACAAAUGUAACAGAACAAGCACCAGCAGCAACAACAACUACAACUGCUCCAAAGAAGAAAGUCAAUGAAAUUGAAUCAAUGUUUACAGAUGAAAUAACCAUUGGAUUAGAAAGAACACCAGUAAAACCAAAGGCAAAACAAUCUGUCGAUUCGCUAUUUGGUGGAGAUGAUUUGUUUGCUAGUGUUGUGGCUGAAAAACCAUCAAAACCAGCUGUCACCACUACCGCUCCAACCACUACCGCUCCAACUGUUGUUGCCGAGGUAACACCAACUGUUCCAGUAGCAGCAGCAGCAGCCACAACUACCACACCAACUGUUGAAACUGCACCAACUGUUUCUACACCAAGUAAGCCAACAUCAACAUCAUUGUUUGAAGAGGACGAUGAAGUUAAUUCACAGUUGAACAGCAUUAUCAACAAAGAGUUGGCAGAGAAGAAGGAAUUGGAAGAAAAGAUGGCACAAAAGGCAUUGGAGAACAAGAAGAAACAGAGUGAAAUCGAUGAUCUCUUCAAGUUUGACAAGUCAGAGCCAGUUGGCAGUGGUUCACCAGCUACCAAGAAAUCCGUUGAUAUCAACGAUCUCGAGAAGAAAUUCACAAAGAAACCGGCCAAGGUCGUCGAGGAAGAUAUCUUUGCUUCUUGGGAACAGGAGAUCACCACCAAAUCACAGACUACCAGAGAUCUUGAGAGAAAGAAGCGUUUGGCAGAGGAAGCAGAGAAGAAGCGUUUGGCAGAGGAGGAUGAACAAAACAGACUCAUUCAAGAAGCUGAAAGAAAGAGACUCGCUGACGAAGCAGAGAAGAAGCGGUUGGAAGAGGAAAAGAAAUUAGCAGAGGAGAAGAGAAUACUCGAUGAGAAACGUGCAGCUGAAGAAGCAGAGUUAAAGAGAUUAGAGGAUGAGAGACUGGCAGAGGAAGCCGCCGAGCAAAGAAGAUUGGCUGAAGAGAAGAGAGUAGCUGAGGAGAAGCUUGCGGCUGAACAAGCUGAACAAAAGAGAUUGGCAGAGGAGAAACGUUUGGCUGAAGAAGCUGAGCAAAAGAGAGUGACCGAAGAGAAGAGAGUAGCCUAUGAGGCAGAGCAAAAGAGAUUGGCUGAAGAGAAACGUGUAGCCGAAGAGAAGAGAGUAGCUGAGGAGAAGAGAUUAGCCGAAGAAGCUGAACAAAAGAGAUUGGCAGAGGAGAAGAGAGUAGCCGAAGAGAAGAGAGUAGCUGAUGAGGCAGAGCAAAAGAGAAUAGCCGAGGAGAAACGUUUGGCUGAGGAGAAGAGAGUGGCUGAAGAGAAGAGAGUUGCCGAAGAGAAGAGAGUAGCUGAUGAGGCUGAACAAAAGAGAAUAGCCGAGGAGAAACGUGUAGCUGAGGAAAAGAGAGUAGCCGAAGAGAAGAGAGUUGCUGAGGAGAAGCGUUUGACAGAAGAAGCUGAGCAAAAGUUGGCAGAAGAGAAGCGUUUGGCAGAAGAAAAGAGAGUAGCUGAAGAAGUCGAACAAAAGAGAUUGGCCGAGGAGAAGCGUUUGGCAGACGAAAAGAGAGCCUCCGAAGAGAAGAGACUAGCUGAUGAGGCUGAACAAAAGAGAUUGGCUGAAGAGAUGAGACUUUCCCAAGAAGCUGAACAAAAGAGAUUAGCCGAAGAGAAGAGAGUUGCCGAAGAAAAGAGAGUAGCUGAAGAAGCUGAGCAAAAGAGAUUGGCUGAAGAGAAGCGUUUGGCAGAAGAAAAGAGACUUGCUGAAGAGGCUGAACAGAAGAGAUUGGCAGAGGAGAAGAGACUUGCUGAAGAAGCCGAACAAAAGAGAUUGGCUGAAGAGAAACGUUUGGCUGAAGAAAAGAGAGUAGCUGAAGAGAAAAGACUUGCCGAAGAAGCCGAACAAAAGAGAUUGGCAGAAGAGAAGAGAGUAGCAGAAGAAGCUGAGCAAAAGAGAUUAGCUGAAGAGAAGAGAGUAGCAGAAGAAGCUGAACAAAAGAGAUUAGCUGAGGAAAAGAGAUUAGCUGAAGAAAAACGUUUGGCAGAAGAAAAGAGAGUCGCAGAAGAGAAACGUUUGGCAGAAGAAGCCGAACAAAAGAGAUUGGCUGAAGAAAAACGUUUGGCAGAAGAGAAGAGACUCGCCGAAGAGAAGCGUUUGGCUGAGGAAGCUGAACAAAAGAGAUUGGCAGAAGAGAAACGUUUGGCAGAAGAAGCCGAACAAAAGAGAUUGGCUGAAGAGAAGAGAUUGGCGGAAGAAAAAAGAGUAGCUGAGGAGAAACGUUUAGCUGAAGAAAAGAGAGUAGCUGAGGAGAAACGUUUGGCAGAGGAAGCUGAACAAAAGAGAUUGGCUGAAGAGAAGAGAUUGGCGGAAGAAAAAAGAGUAGCUGAGGAGAAACGUUUGGCAGAAGAAGCUGAGCAAAAGAGAGUUGCUGAAGAGAAGAGAUUAGCUGAAGAAAAGAGAGUAGCCGAAGAGAAGCGUUUAGCUGAAGAAAAGAGAGUAGCAGAAGAGAAGAGACUGGUUGAAGAGAAACAUUUGGCUGAAGAAGCUGAGCAAAAGAGAUUGGCUGAGGUGAAGAGAGUGGCUGAAGAAGCUGAGCAAAAGAGAUUGGCUGAAGAAUCAAAGAAAAAUCAAUCAAACCAAACAGAUAUUUCAUUGCCAGAUUCUGAUCACUCUAAACUCGUUCACCUUACCAUUGGAAGAACCAAAGUCCAAGGUCGUAAAAAGCCAACCAGAAGACAAUUGGACAAAGAUGGUAAGCGUGAGAAACAAGUACUUCCCAACCUCAAAGAACUUGAACCAUCUACAUCCAACAGCUCUGGAGAUUCCUCCAAUGAGAUUACAUCGCCACCCAACGAACAAGAAACCAACACCACCACCACAACAACAACCACACCAAGCUCCACAGCCACUGGAAAAGUACUUCCAAAGGGUGCCGUUGCUUUGCCAGGUAUGAUGAUGCCGAAAUUCGAUCCAUCCGCUGCCAAACUCGGAUUGAAAAAGACAACAGUCACCACUCCACCACCACCAACAAGCAGCAACAACAGCACUUCCAGUGGUGGAAGCAGUUCACCUGUAUUGCAACACCAGUUGAAGCCAGUUGUUAGACCGCCAGUUGGUGGAUCACAAACACCACCUCCAGCACCAAGAGCCAACCAAUUCAAUCGUACGCAAUCGUUUGGUGGCGCACCAUCGCCAUCCGCUGUAAGCAAGCCAGCUGCCAACGACGGUAUGAAAGCACUGGACGUUCUUCUCCAAUGGGUCAAACAAAACACUCAAGGCUAUGCAGGUGUCAACGUUGUCAACUUUACAACAUCGUUUACCGAUGGAUUGGCAUAUUGCGCACUGCUCCACCGUUAUGCACCAAAGGCAAUCGAUUUCCAAAGUUUGUCAAGUGCCAACCGUCUUGAAAAUAUGAAAAGAGCUUUUGAAUUGGCUGAAAAGCAUUUAGAUGUUCCGGCAUUGAUGGAUGCAAAUGAUUUAAUGGAUUUGCCAUAUCCAGAGAGAUUGAGUAACAUUACAUAUCUUUCCGAGUUUUAUAAAUCAAUCAAGAGAAAAGGACUUUAA